ACUGAGAGGAAGCAGGGGCUCUCUUGAAUGCUCUUACACCAUAAUUCAGAAAUAAGAAGUCAGUAUUUAACAAAAGAAGUUCUGAGCAUGUAUUAGGCAAGGAGAUUAUUAAACUUGCUGGAAGUGGUCUCAGACAAGAAGUCUUUGCUGUUUCAUCAAUACUCUUGGCAUGAAAAUUCUGUAACCUCCUAGGAAAUUAAAACUAAAAUGGAUUUGCGAAACAUUCCUUAUCGCUCAGACGUGGCUGCUUGGAACCCAGAUGAACUAGCAGAGUACUUUAAAACAUUAAAGUACAAGGACUGUGAGAAAGUUGUCAGAAAGUACAACAUAAAUGGACAAAGAUUUUUGAACAUGUCUGAAAAUGAUAUUCAGAAAUUUCCCAAACUGCGAGUGCCAAUUAUAAGCAAAUUAAGUCAGGAAAUAAACAGGAACGAAGGCAGAAUUAGUUUCUUUCCAAAACGUCCUCCAACACAGAAAUUUGCUGACCAGAUGGGAUACAGUCAAGAAGAGGAUGGGGGCUGGUCUUCAUUUGAUGAAGAAGAAGAUGACUAUGAGAGCCCAGAUAAUGAAAAUGAACAGGAUGAUGGAGCUGACUAUGAGUCUCCAAGUGAAGAACCAGGUGAAGCAGGACCUGAUAGUGAUGAUUAUGAACCUCCUCCGUCCAAUGAUGCAGCACACCAUAAUGUAAUAUUUCCUGCCAAAUCAAUUCCAAGCAACACCGACUAUAUAGAUAGACCUACGACAGCUAGAUCAUCUCUCCAGCCUCCUAUUCCACCACAACGCCCUGGUUCAUCUCCCACACCAUCACCCUAUGGAGGAAGAGGGUUUCCUCUGCCAUCUUUCCCUCCUCCAUCAAGCAAUAACGAUGUGACUAGAGAUAGAAGCACCAAACCUUUAAAACCCCCAGCCCCUUCUAUAGACAGAAGCACAAAACCCCCACUGGAUCGUCCUGGGCCACCAUAUGAAAGAGAGAGCCCAGUACCAGGAAAGAGGCCACCAUUUCCUGAAAAGUCUCUGACACCAAAUCUAAGAUCUCUGGGGGAGCAGUUAGCAAAGAUACAAAAACCUCCUAUACCACCAACUGAGAGAUAUGAAAGAGGUCACCCAACCCCUGGAAGGAAGUUACCACCCAUAAGGCAGGGUUGGGCACCAGAAAAGAAACCUGAUGAAGAAGAAGAGACAGUACCACAGAGGUCAGUGCCACAGCUAUCUUUACCUCCCUACAGUUCCAACACUUUCCCUUCGAGAUCUGCCAAACCACCACCUAAACCUAGUCCAUCAGGAUCCAACAGUAUGCCUGGUGCAUAUGGAGAAAGUACUAACAGCCUGUCUUCAGGUGGCUCAUUACCAUCCCGCUUUCAAUUAGGUCAUAUCAACAGAUCUCCUUCACGAGGCACAGCAGAUAGCAGACCCCCAUUACCAGUUCCCAACAGACAGAUGGCCCGGUCCCAGAACACAGAGGAAAAUGAGGACUUGCUGAAUGAAGAAUGGUAUGUUGCUUACAUCAGCCGAGCAGAAGCAGAAGGAGCUCUUCGGAAGAUAAACAAGGAUGGAACUUUCUUGGUGAGAGACAGCUCUGGAAGAAACAGUACACACCCAUAUGUACUAAUGGUACUAUACAGAGGCAAAGUGUACAACAUUCAGAUUCGUUACCAGGAGCAUGAGCAAAUUUAUAUGUUAGGAACUGGAUUGAAAGGAAGAGAGGAUUUUUCUUCUGUAGCUGAUAUAAUUCAAUACUUCCAAAAAACACCCCUUCUGCUGAUUGAUGGAAAAGAUAGAGGUUCAAGAAACCAAUGCAUGUUAACAUAUGCUGCAGGACAUGCUUAGAAGGAAGCUUAAUGAAAGUCAUGUUCAGGAUCAGCUGCCCACAGGAACAUGCAGACCUCAAGAAUUUCUAUUCAAUGAACUAAAAUGAUGAAGAAAUAAUUAAAAUUACUUUUGAUUUAAUGAAAAA